AUGUUUCGUUUCCCAAGUCCGGUGGCAGAGGCGCACCGAGGAGGUUAUGCGGGCGAUUUGUCCGUCGAGGUCCGACCCCAAGUUACCAACGGCUUCAGUGCGUUCAGUGCCCUUAUCAUCGGGGUCGCCAUCAGAAAGCACUGCCGGAAGCUUCGGCAGCACGUCCCAGAUUUGGUCAACAAGUAUGGAAUCGACGUUGACAUCGACCUCGACAGCGCUGCAGGACCCCUCUCACGUACCUUUAGAAGGUCAUAGAAAGCUGCUGGGGUCGAAGUCCGCCCCUCCUGGUUUGGAAAUGUUCUUGAUCCGUGACAAGGAGAAUAAACCAGGACCGCCGCAUAGACAGGGAGCGGGACCAGCCUGGCAGGCCAGAGUUAGCCGAAUCACAGAGCGGUGGAAUAAGGUCGACUCUCGUGGAUUAGAUCGAGACCUCCUGCACCGGGAAGGCAAGCCAGGGUCAGCGGGGGCACUUGCGCUUGCUGAGGAAGUCUUGCCCGCUCGACGUCGGAGCGCGCAAAUCGAAGGGAUCCUAUCGCCGUCCUUGUCAGCGCCCACGAGUGGUCUAUCACCAUUGCAUUCGCCAUCAUCAUCACGACUAAAGUUCCACGGUGGUGGCAACAGUCCAAAUAGCUCUCUUGAGAAGCCCCCACACGUGGGGGGAGCACACACUGGAAAAACACCCCGACCGGCCGCCCUGCGAGGGAGCAUGUCGAUGGGACAGUUGGAGUUUAGGAGCAUCGUUGAAGAGGACCCAUGGGAGAAGAAACGCCGGAUGGAAAGGACCGUCAGGCGCCGGGAUGCGGGAUUGCGAGCCAAAGGCUUGGCGGUGAACAGCGCUAGGUCGCCCGACCGCGGUGGAAAGAACGGGUGGAGGGCAAACGGAGAAGACAACAGCAAGCUAAGAGUAGCGCCUGGACAACGAUAUAGAAGAUGAUGUCACGUUGAAUUGGCCAAUACAUUUGAGUUGUUUGGAACAAGCCAAAUCUACGCAGGCUUGACGUUGCCACGUCGAUCCCAUAAGUCAAAACCAUACGUAGCUUGAAGGGAGAUCUGUGGAUGUUGGCGGGUCUGGCGAACGCCACCAGCGAAGAGUCUCUACAAGUUUCGAACUAGUUUCAAUUUAGAGGGU